AUGGCGCAGCUCGCCAUGGGCAGCCGGCUAUUGCGCUGCCAGAACGCAAGCACUCUCGGUCAAGCCGUCGGAUCCUUCUCACAGAAGCGCACGUAUCUCACUAAAGGUAUUGUAACUGAUCCUUUGCCCAAUUUCCCCUGGAUGACACAAGAGGAACCGUACCCUACGGAAGUAUCCCAAGCUAACUUCACCAUCCUCGGACCAGUGCCCACCUUCAAGCGCGCGCCCCAGAAGCUGAAACCGGGCCUCAACAAAUUCCGCGAUGAGGUGUUCAUCCCACUCAACCUGACGGAGCAGCAGAAGCUCCUGAUCUACCGGAAGAAGCACCAGGGCACCCUGGACGAGCACCCGGUGACGGUGGCGAUCAGCGAGGAGGAGGAGUACCAGCUGCGGCCGAUGGAGUUCACGGCGCAGCCGCGCAACGCGGAGGCCAACGCGGUGAUCCGCCGGAUGCGGUCGGCGGAGGACUGGAAGGUGCUGCCCGCGUUCCUGACGGCGCUGCACCAGGUGAACCGCAAGCUGAACAUGGAGAUGGUGGUGCGGCGCGCGGGCCGCAACAACGCGAUGCUCGCCAUCCUGGAGGCGGCCAAAGCGAAGAGCACCGGCUUCUCGCUGCGGGAGCCGCGGCUGGCGGAGAAGAUCUUCUUCGAGCUGCACCUGCGCGCCCAGGCCGAGGGCUUCAAGGGCCCCGAGCUCGACCGCCUGCUCUCGCUCGGCGAGGAGUUCGUGGACGUCAUGUCGCUGCCCCGCCACGCCAACCGCCUCCUGAGCCAGGACGCCCGCCGCCGCCCAGCCGUCAUCGCCGUCCUGCUCGAGCUCAGCGCCGCCCGCGCCCUCGACCGGUUCGGCGGCAAGGACGCCGACGGCCUCGUCCGCGCCUACAGCGACCGUCUGCUCGCCAGCUUGGAGCACAGCUUCCAACUGGACAUGAACCCGCCCCAGAUCAAGGUGCCGGUGACCUCGAAGGUCGCGGAGGACACGUCUUCGUCCGAGAACCCCCUCGCGGCAGCCGAGAAGAUCCAGAAGAAAGAGUACCGAAACUACCAGGAGACCGAACUGCGCCUGGAGCAGAAUGUCCCCAUCUUCCACGCCCUCCGGCUGGCCCAGAAGUUGCCCCUCAACGCCACAACCUUGAAGGCUUUCCAAAAACACGAGCAGGCCCUGCGGCAGUGGAUCAAGAUUCAGAAGAACGCCGCCCCAACGUUGGCCCGGCAAAAGCCCGGACGGGGCUCUCGGCAGGUCACGGCCUUAGUUAAUUGA